CGCAUCGCUUCCCCUGCCUUACAACCUCUCAUCAAUGGCCACGGCCUUCCGCUCUUCCUCCUCAUCCACCAUCCUCCCUAUCCUCCUCGUCGCCGCCGUCUCCCUCACCGCCGCCGGCGCGACGGUGACCCACCUCCACUUCUUCUGGCACGACCUCGUGACCGCCCCAAACCCCACCGCCGUCACCGUCACGCAGCCGGUCGACCCCUCCAGCGGCUUCGGCGCGACGGUGGUGAUCGACGACGCGAUGACGGAGGGGCCGGAACCCUCGUCGACGCCGGUCGGCCGGGCGCAGGGGUUCUACGUGGUGGUCUCCCGGAACGCCUCCGACUCGUCCCUGCUCAUGGCCAUGAACCUGGCUCUGACUUCGCCCGAGUACAACGGGAGCACCAUCUCCAUUAUGGGCCGUAACCCGGUGCUCAACCAUGAGCGGGAGAUACCCGUGGUCGGCGGCACCGGCCACUUCCGGCAGGGCCGCGGCUACGCCCUGCUCAAGACCUACAGCUUCAACGCUACCACGGGGAACGCCGUCGUAGAGUACGAUGUCUACGUAACGCAUUAGAGAAGAGUUGGGAUUUCUUGGAUGCUGUACUACCAUUUUAUAUAUAUUUAUCUUUUUUUUUUCAAAUCAUAUAUAUCGAAUUAAUAAACUCAGAUGAAGACUUGUCUAUAA